AUGAGAGAGUUCAGUCAGAUUAGUGGCAUGGAUCGCUUGACCUCGUUGCCGUACGCUGCACAAGCUAAUGGUGUUGUCGAAGCGUAUGUGGGCAUUUCGAAACGAUCCAUCUUUAUUUCAUUGACACACGAUGCUGCAGAACCUGAGGCAUGGGAUGAGUAUCUCGAUGUCAUUCAGUAUGCCAUGAACAUUCAAUACGCUAGAUUGCAUCAAUCGCAGUCGUUUGCUAUCAUGUUUGGGCUUGCCCCAAAUCUCUUCCAGAAUUACACUCAAUUGCCUAAUGCUGACCAGACACCCGAGGAUCCUACCAAAGAAGUCAUUGAUGCCCGCUUACAGAACAUUAAGGAUGUGGUAAUCCCUGCCAUCCAUAAGCGUAUCAAAGAAACACAAUUGCGCGACCAUGAGCGCUUCGAAAAGCAUCACAAGAUCAUUGAAGAGAAGUAUCCCAUCAAUUCAAAGGUCAUGCUCUUCGACCCUGUCAGAUCAACUAAACUUCACCCCAGAUGGCUCGGUCCAUAUUUCAUCAAGAACUAUACUCGCAAUGUUAGUUAUACUUUAGCCGACAUUACUGGUGAAUUGCUGCCCCGUGAUGUGCCUACCCAGCACAUUCGCGUUGUCGAUUUCUCGGACAAUCAUGUUACAAAAGGCUUAUCAUGCUAA